CCUUUCAGUUUCCGCCGCUGACUUGGGAACAUGGUACAGCGACUCACUUACCGUAGGAGGCUCUCCUACAACACCCGGUCCAACCGGGUUAAAGUUGUCAAAACACCCGGUGGCCGGUUGGUGUACCACUACCGCAAGAAGCCCAGGAGGGUCCCGAGAUGUGCUGACACGGGCAAGAAGCUUACCGGCAUCCGGUCGGCGCGUCCCCAUGAGAAGCGUCGCAUGAAGAAGAAGCACAAGACGGUGAACCGGACGUACGGCGGCGUGCUGUGUCACAGCGCCGUGCGGGAGAGGAUCAUCCGUGCCUUCCUGGUGGAGGAGCAGAAGAUCGUCCGGAAGGUGCUCAAGGCCCAGCAGGCGUCCGCUAAGAAAUAAAUUACACCUCAGACACUCCUCA